AUGAGCAACCCACAUAUAUUGGCUGUUCCUUUUCCAACACAAGGUCAUGUGAUUCCCUUGAUGGAGCUGUCACAAUGCUUAGUUAACCAUGGCUUCACAGUCACAUUUGUGAACACAGACUACAACCACAAGCGAGUCGUGAAUGCCUUGGCUGCCGAUGAAAGUCAGUUAUCGGAUCGUAUUCGCCUAGUUUCACUUCCAGAUGGCUUAGAGCCCUGGGAGGCCAGGCAUGAGGUAGGAAAGUUUUGUGAAGCAACGCAAAGAGUCAUGCCUGGGAAGUUGGAGGAGCUGAUAGAGAAGAUCAACCAAGGGGAAGGUGACAAAGUCACUUGUGUCAUUGCUGAUGAGAGUGCCGGGUGGGCUCUGGAAGUGGCAGAGAAACUGAAUAUCAGGCGAGUUGCCUUCUUCCCUGGACCAGCUGCAAUUUUGGCUUUGCAAUUCUCUAUCCCAAAGUUAAUUCAUCAAGGAAUCAUCAACGACGAUGUCAUUCACUUUUGGCAGGAACUGUUUCAAGAAGCCAGAUGA